AUGCAGAGGUGGGCAGUGAUCUGCUGGGCUCUCCUGGCUCUGGUCGGAGCAGAGGAGUGUCCGGAUGGAGGGCGAUGUGAAGAAGGGAAUACCUGCUGCAACACCCCAGCCAAUGGUUAUGGCUGUUGCCCCUUUGAUAAGGCCGAGUGCUGUGGGGAUCACAUCCACUGCUGUCCCCAAAACACCCUCUGUGACCAGGCCACGUCCAGCUGUGGGAACGCCACUGUUUCCGUCCCCUGGAGGGAGAGGACCCCCGCGGAUGAGCCCCCGUCCUCCAAAUCUUUCAGGAUGAUCAGGACCUACAUGGGGGAGGAUGAGGAUAACAUCUGUCCCGAUCAGUCCCGCUGCCCGCCAGAGUUUUCCUGCUUGAAGGCACUGACUAAGUUUGGCUGCUGCCCUCUCGCCAAGGGUGUUUCCUGUUCUGACGGAAAACACUGCUGUCCCGAGGGCCACCGCUGCAGCAUGGACAGCCGCUCCUGCAUCAGAAAAGAGCUUGUGGUGACGGUCCUGUGUGGUGACGGCGUGUCUGAGUGCCCAGAAGAAACAACUUGCUGUGAAACACCUGAAGGCAAAUGGGGAUGCUGUCCGAUGCCAAAGGCCGUGUGCUGCGAUGAUAAGAAACACUGCUGUCCCGAAGGGACUACAUGUGACACCGGGCACAUGAAAUGCAUUUCCUCAUCCACUAAGAAAGAACUGCCGAUGUGGGCCAAGUUCCCCGCCAGGACGAGAGAAGACUGGGAGAACCAGAAAGAUGGUGAGAAAGAAGUUACGGCCGAAACGGCUCCGGACACCGACAGAGAAAAAAACCCUGAGGCCAAUACGGUUCCUCCUUCAAAGGAGGAAGUAUCUACGGAGUCACCUGUUGCUAUGGAAGACAAUGUUGAUCUUGUCCCCUGUAAUGACACGGUAGCCUGUCCUGAUGACUCCACCUGCUGUAAGACCCAAGAUGGAGGCUGGUCCUGCUGUCUUCUCCCAGAGGCCGUGUGCUGCGCUGAUGGGGACCACUGCUGUCCCAACGACUACAAGUGCACCGAGAGCCAGACUUCGUGCGUCAGAGGAGGAGUGGUCAUCCCGUGGUACACCAAGAUCGAAGCCAGCUCCAGCGUGCAGGCCGAUCCCGAUCCCGGCUCCGUGCGGUGCGACGGCGGGAACCGCUGCCCCGAGCACACCUCCUGCUGCCGGCUGUCCACCGGCCGGUGGGGCUGCUGCCCCCUGCAGAACGCCGUGUGCUGCCCGGAUAAGGAGCACUGCUGCCCGCAGGGUUACACCUGCAACCUGGCCUCCAUGUCCUGCCACAAGCUGAUCCUGCUGCAGCUGGAGACGCUCCCGCUCACCCCGGUGUACCUGCCCGAGUACCGGCCUCCGCCCACUCCGCUACAGCACGCAGACGUCCGGUGCGACGACCAGACCAGCUGCAACGAGGACGAAACCUGCUGCAGGACGUCCGCCGCCUCCUGGGGCUGCUGCCCGGCCGCCAACGCGGUGUGCUGCAGCGACAUGAAGCACUGCUGCCCCACCGGCUACUCCUGCUCCCCGGAGGGCUCCUGCAGCCAGGACACGGGCCUCAACUGGCACAACUGGCACGUCUUCUACGCCAACAAGAAAAGAGCUCUAAUUGUGUAA